AUCUCGCCUUAGUUCAUCCCGACCCUCACCUGACGACCGGUACUACCGGCGCUGUUACUUGACUUGCCUACUUCGGUUCUGUGCCUUGGUAGCAUUUAUUCUUCCGCUGCAGUACUCUGCCAUCUAGAAUAUCUGCGAGGUGACUGCUAGUCUUGUCUCGCCCUUCAUUUACUCUCCGAAUAUCGACAGCUCUGGGGAAAGUUAUCGCUGCUGCCAUGAAGUCUACCGAUAUAGAAUCUUCUGUUCCGCGCUCUGACGGUAAUGAUACCGUGUCCAGUUCUGGCUCUGAGGGGGUGAUUCUGCAGACGGGUGUGCAGAGGGUCGAGGCGGUAGCAAAGACUUGGACGAGGAAGGCAUUGUAUGUUGCUUAUGCUGGGUAUGUACUAUCACCUUGUGCUUGGAUUGCCGGUUAAAUGCAAGGAGGGAGAGAGGGAUUGAUUGCCCGAUAAUUGACGGCUAUGAUAGCAUCUUCUUAAUGGCAUUCUGCACAUCGGUUGACAUCCAAGUGACGAGCUUGCUCGCAUUCUAUGCAACAUCCUCCUUCUCCUCGCAUUCCCUCCUGUCGACUGUUGGUGUCGUGGGAAGUGUUCUCAUGGGUAUGUCGACCGUCUGGCCCCAUCUCCGAUCACCGAGUUUCACAAUUGACCGAUUUACCAUGAGCAAUAGCCGUCGUCCAGCCCCCAAUGGCCAAAAUCGCUGACGUCUUCGGGCGAACCGAAGCGUUCGCCAUUUCGAUGCUUCUCUAUAUCCUCGGGUACAUCCAGAUGGCCGCUUCAGAGAAUAUCUCCACCUAUGCCAGCGCCCAAAUAUUCUACGCCGCUGGAUCCACUGGUCUUCGCAUCCUACAGCAGAUCUUCAUCGCUGAUACCUCUGAUCUUCUUAACCGCGCGCUGCUCUCCUCGCUGCCCGACACACCUUUCUUGAUAACGGUGUGGGUGGGGCCGGAGAUUGCCGAGCACUUUACCACUGGACCCUGGAGGUGGGGGUACGCUAUGUGGACUAUCAUCACUCUCGUACUCUCGCUGCCCUUGUUCAUCUCUCUAUGGGUUAAUCAGAGGAAGGCGGCAAAGGCCGGAUUGUUACCUGAGUAUCCGUGGAAAUCGCGGGGCGUUGUCAACUUCUUGAAGAGCCUUUGGACGGAGUUGGACGUUAUGGGAGUUUUGCUGCUGGUUGCGGCUUUCAGUUUGCUGCUAGUACCUCUGACGCUCGGUGGACAAGCUGUGGGAAAGUGGAAGAAUCCGAGUAUUAUUGCUGCUAUCGGUGGGUUUAUAACUGUUCACUGCGGGGAGGGGUUAGAGAGGAGCUAAUUUGUUUUUCAUUGCAGUUAUCGGGGGUGUCUGCUUGAUACUUUUCCCGCUCUGGGAGAUGUGGAAGAAGGCUGCUCCUACUCCUCUCUUGACGUUGAGAUUGUUCAAGAACAGAACUGUCAUUGCUGGCUGUGUUCUUGGCUUCUUCUACUUUAGUGAGUAUCACUCUAAUCGUAGCUAGAAAUGUAUACUAACGGGCCAACCUCAGUGGCAUACUACCUCUCCCUCCAGCCUUACUUCUACUCCUACCUCAUGGUCGCCCGAAACACCGGCUCCAAAGCUGCUGGCCACAUCACCUUAACCUUUUCUUUCACCGCAACCGUCUCCUCCGUCCUCAUCUCCCUGGUCAUCAAAUAUACAAAGCACUACAAGUACUACAUGAUCGGCGGAAUCCUAAUCUACAUGCUAGGAAUCGGCCUUAUGCUCCGCUACCGCAAUAUCGAUGCCAGCAACGCCCAGGUGAUCUGGACCCAAAUCGUUGUCGGUAUCGGCGGUGGCAUGCUAAACGUCCCCGCCCAGUUGGGCGUGCAAGCCGCCUCCCUGCACCAGGAAGUCGCCGCUGCGACUGCGCUCUUCCUGACAAUCGUGUCCAUCGGCGGGGCCGUCGGGUCAGCCGUUUCGGGCGCGAUCUGGUCACACAACAUCCAGAAAAAAUUAAUGCUGUACCUUCCCGAAGCCGCCAAGGGGAACAUGACGAUGAUUUACGGCUCCGCCGUCACGGCCACCACCUACCCCAUGGGAUCCCCCGAGCGAACGGCGAUAAUAAGGUCCUAUGACGAGACUAUGCGCAUUCUCCUAAUUGUCGCUGUCUGCGUGUGUAUUCCGAUGCUGCCCGCCGGCCUCUGCAUGGCCAAUUACAAGCUCGAUGAGGUGGACCAGAGGGUUGAGGGUGUGGUGUUUGGCAGCUCGGGUAAGAAGAGGGCCAGGAGCGAGAGCGGCACCGCGGAGGUAGUGGAGAGGAAGGAGUGA